AUGGUGGAGGCUGGAGUUAGGUUUGUGGUGGAGGUUGGAGUUCGUGUUGUGGUGGAGGCUGGGAUUAGGCCUCCAGCCUCCACCACAACCCUAACCGCAGCCUCCAGCCUCCACCACAACCCUAACCCCAGCCUCCACCACAACCCUAAACCCAGUCUCCACCACAACCCUAACCCCAGCCUCCACUACAACCCUAACCCCAGCCUCCACCACAACCCUAGCUCCAGCCUCCACCACAAACCUAACUCCAGCCUCCACCACAAACCUAACCCCAGCCUCCACCACAACCCUAACCCCAGCCUCCACCACAACCCUAACCCCAGCCUCCACCACAACCCUAGCUCCAGCCUCCACCACAAACCUAACCCCAGCCUCCACUACAACCCUAACCCCAGCCUCCACUACCACCCUAACCCCAGCCUCCACCACAACCCUCACCCCAGGCUCUACCACAACCCUAGCUCCAGCCUCCACCACAAACCUAACUCCAGCCUCCACCACAAACCUAACCCCAGCCUCCACCACAACCCUAACCCCAGCCUCCACCACAACCCUAACCCCAGCCUCCACCACAACCCUAGCUCCAGCCUCCACCACAAACCUAACCCCAGCCUCCACUACAACCCUAACCCCAGCCUCCACUACCACCCUAACCCCAGCCUCCACUACCACCCUAACCCCAGCCUCCACCACAACCCUCACCCCAGGCUCCACUACCACCCUAACCCCAGCCUCCACCUCAACCCUAACUCCAGCCUCCACCACAAACCUAACUCCAGGCUCUACCACAACCCUAACCCCAGCCUCCACCUCAACCCUAACUCCAGCCUCCACCACAAACCUAACCCCAGCCUCCACCACAACCCUAACCCCAGCCUCCACCACAACCCUAACCCCAGCCUCCACCACAACCCUAAUAUGAGAUGA